GAUUUCAAAUUCCUGGUUUCACUUGCUUGCUUUCACUCGUGCUUUCACCUGCUAUAUAAGCCACCUCCUUCUUCCACUCAACCUUCUUUUCUCUAAUUCGGUUCGAAACAUCAUUGGGUCACCAACAUGGCAAAACCACCCACCGAUCCACGCCUUCAGCGCUGCCUGACCAGACUCGAGCACCUUUUCGCGUCCUGGGAAGAGUGCAACGGUAAACCCGACAACCACCGCAAAGACGACACUGAGGCACUGUUCGAAGACGCGUACAUUCUUCCGACAAAGAUCUUCUCACUCGAGCGCAAGGAACAAGACAUCAAGAACAAGCUCGCAAAACUAGAAGAGGUUCUGGAAUCGAUCACUGCAAGGAUGAACGAAGUCGACCUGGACGAACCACAAUACAACGAUCUGCAUCAAGCAAGAGAAAUCAAACUCGAGGACAAGUCAGGAAAAUCAGAGGAUGUAUUCCUUUUGGACGACCCACAAUAUUACGCUCUGUAUCACGAGAGAGCGAUUGCAGUCGAGGAACAACAACGUUUGACAGAGGAGCACUCGAGUGUGCUGGCCGAGAUGGCAAAGUCCAAAGAGACUUCCGACAAGGCCAUGGAAACAAACAUGGAAAUUCUGGAGGAGAGACAUGAGUUGGAGUGGUUCGGCAGAAUACUCGACCACAUCGAACCUUCUUGAAUUCUUGCCGAAACAAUAAUGGUCUUCUGCAAAUGCGCCAGAACUCCAUCCAAGUGGCGUGGGAGCUUCAUCGAACGUGAUGAAAAGUUGAGUC